CAAAGUAUUGCCCUCUUUAUUACUCCGUACCAAAUACCAACUCUCCUCCAAAAUCUCAAUUAAUUUCGAUUUUGAUUCAAUUUUCUGAUACCAGCUUCUUGGGCUAGGUUGAAGAUAGCGGAGAUCGAGAUAAACAUUACUCCGUAUAUUUGUAUGGUAUCAUCUUCAAACAUUAGAUAGCAGCGAAUAAAUUAAGGAAGAAACAUAGACGAGUAAGUCCGGCAAGUCGACUCGACUAACUAGUUGGUGUUCGUUGAUUUGGUAUUCUUCAUCCUAAUUUUCAGUAUUUAGAUUCUGACAAUGACUCAAGGUGCUAAAAAGAAGAAACGGCAGCAAAAGAAAAAGAAUUCAAAGGAUAAAAUUUCAGAGGAUGAAAUAACAAAGAAGAUUUCAGCUUUGUGGGAGCAAGAAAGAUUACAAGAGUGCUUGGAUUUUAUCAUUUCUCUUGAUGAUGAGUGGUUGAAAAAUUUAAAAGUCUAUUCUAUGAAAGUGCAUGUACUUGCAGGUUUGAAACGGUUUGAAGAGGUAUUGGCUUUGCAAAAACGACUCGAAGAAUUUGGACAUAAAACGACUUUGGCACUUGGUGAAUGGUUUAUGUUUGCUUAUGCCAACAGAAAGCAAAAUAACAUUUUGGAAGCAUAUCUCCUUUAUAAAUAUGUGCAUGAUCAGAAGGGUGCAGUGCGUGUGGAUGAUGAAAUAUUCAAAAUUUGUCUCAAAUGGAUAAAAAGACUACAACCGAAAGUUCAACCAGAUUUGGAUAGAAUUGCAGUGGAAAGAGCUAGUAAAUUUUUGUAUGAUGAGCCUGCUGCCUCCUCUUCCACCAAGGCUCCAGCCUCCUCUUCCACCAAAGCAAAAUAAUAUUUUAUUUUUGAUUUAAGCAAAAUAAUAUUUUAUUUUUGAUUUUUAAAAAUUUUGUGUGAAUUAUAAACAAUAGUGAAAUCAAUUACCGUACAUGAUACGGCCUACGGGACCUAAUCUAGUACCGUAAAAUAAACCAAAGUAUUGCCCUCUUUA